CGGGGCGAGGAGGGAGAUCCAAGCGGGCAGCGGCGAGCUAUGGAAGACUUAGAAGGUAAUACCACUGUCUUCUCCACCUUGAGAUCCUUCAACAACUUCAUUUCACAGCGUAUGGAGGGGGUGUCCGGGCAGCCUGUGCCAGCAUCAUCUCAGAGCUCCUUGCAGAUUCAGUACCAGCAGAGGGUGCAGUUGGAAGAACAAGCUGGGCAGAUCCAUUCCAAAUCGCAGCUCCUGCAGGUGGAACGGGAGAAGAUGCAGAUGGAGCUUAGCCACAAACGAGCUCGCAUUGAGCUGGAGAAGGCAGCUAACACUAAUGCCAGAAACUAUGAGCGAGAGGCUGACCGUAACCAGGAGCUGCUCACACGCAUAAAGCAGUACCAGGAAAGGGAAACAGAAGCUGAAAAUAAACUGAAGGAACAAAUGGAGAUGAACAAAUCCUAUAAGAAGAGUAUGGAGACAAUGAGUAAGAAACUGCAAGAGAAGGAGAGCAAAUUAGCUGAAGCUAAUGAAACGAUCACUAUAUUAAAAGGGAAAAUAUCUGAGCUACAAUGGAAUAUAAUGAAUCAGGAGAUGCAGAUGACAAGCCAAGACUCGCAGAAGCAAGAGCUGAUGGAACAGCUGGAUGUUCAACAUAAGAAAUGGCAAGAGGCUACUCAGCAAAUCCAGACAUUGCAAGCAAGCCAGUCCCUACUGGCAGAAUAUGAACAGAAGAUUAAGGACCUGGAGCAGAAGUUCUCCCAGCAGGAACAUGAUGCUGUUAUCGUCAAGAACAUGAAGACAGAACUGGCCCGUUUCCCAAAAAUGGAGCGGGAGCUGCGACAACUGAGGGAGGAAAAUGCAUACUACAGGGAAAUGAAAGAAAACAAUGGUUUGCUUAAAGAAGAAGUAGAAGGUCUCCAAAGAAAAUUGGAACGCUAUGAGAAAGUCCAAGCACAGUUAGUGACUGCUGAAUUGGAAAAUGAGAAACUUCUGGGAAAACUAAAAAGCUGGGAGAAACUGGACCAGAGCACUGGCUUGAAUAUCAGGACGCCUGAUGAUCUCUCGAGGCAAAUUGUGGCCCUGCAGCAAAGGGAGCUUGUGCUGAAAGAGCAGAACUCUACCAUCACAAACAGUGCCCGAAUACUGGAGAAGGCCCGACAGCAGCUGCAGGAGGAAAUUCUACAGGUGCAGAGCCAGCUCUUGGAUGAGAAGAAGAAGCGCGAGCAGCACGAGGCCCUGGUCAGGCGUCUGCAGAAACGUGUGCUGCUGCUCACCAAGGAGCGUGAUGGGAUGCGGGCCAUCCUGGAGUCGUACGACAGCGAGCUGACCCCAGCAGAGCACUCCCCACAGCUGAACCGGCGCAUGCGGGAGGCCGAGGAGAUGGUGCAGAAGCUGCACGCUCAUAACUCCGAGCUGGAGGUUCAGAUGUCUCAAGUUCUGGAAGAAGUGGGAAAUCAGAAGCAAAGAGCAGAGAUGCUGGAGGUGGAGAUGAAGGUCCUGAAGUCUCGAGAGUGCACCGCAGAGCAGAGUACCUUCAUCACCAAGGAGGAGGUUGACGCACUCAGGCUGAAGAUUGAGGAGCUGGAAGCUGAACGCAGCAAACUGGAAGAGCAGAACAGAUCUUUGUAUAUGAAACUGGAGAAGCUAACUAUGCAGGGUGACUAUGACCCCAGCAAAACCAAAGUGCUUCAUUUCAGCAUGAACCCUGCAAGCCUGGCCAAGCAGCAGCGCAAGGAAGAGCAGCAGCAGCUGCAGGAGGAGUGUGAGAGGCUGAGGGAGCUGGUGAGGGUGCUCGAAGCCGGCGGCUCCAUCCAUGGGAAUCUGGAAGGAGUUGGGAGCUUUCAGUCACCGCAGGAAGUUGCAGAGCUGAAGAAGCAAGUGGAAAGUGCAGAACUAAAAAACCAGCGCCUGAAGGAGAUUUUUCAGACCAAGAUCCAGGAGUUUCGCAAGGUCUGUUACACUCUCACUGGGUACCAGAUCGACAUCACCACUGAGAACCAGUAUCGACUCACCUCCAUUUACGCUGAGCACCAAGGAGACUGCCUGCUCUUUAAGGCCUCCAGCUCCUCUGGUGGAAAGAUGCAACUUCUGGAAAACGAAUUCUCACGGACCGUCCGGGAGCUCAUCGAGCUGCACCUGCUGCACCAGGACAGCAUCCCUGCCUUCCUCAGCGCCCUCACCCUGGAGCUGUUCAGCCGCCAGACCAUCGCGUAGCACACAGACCUGCUGCCAGCUGCCAGCCAGGCACGGAGCACCCCAGGGCAGGGCACUGCGGUGUUCACCAGGUAGAGAGGAUGAACUCUCCCCUCCCACCCUUCAGUCAUGACAUUGGGUUGCUUCUGUUUUGAAGGAAGGUCCUUAUUCUUUCUUCUUUCACGCUGAUACCCAAAUCCCACUGUUUUCUGUGAUAUAUCCCUCCUAGGUGAGGGCUGUAUCCCGGGGCUUUCCUGUGCAAAGGUGGAGAACGGGUCUUGCAUUCUCCACCUUUGAAUUGUGAGAGGCAUACAUCGCUCCCAAGACCACCUCAGCACUUCUCCAGUAAUUACUGGUUUGAGGAGCCAGACCUUUACCCAAAGGUUUCCCCAGAUCCAGGCUCUGUAGAGAUAGGUGUGGGCUUUGAGGGUGGCAGGUUCCUUCUGGAUACCUCCUGCUCUUGCAUACAUUUCAUCACUCAGUGGGAUUGGGAUUAUUUCCAAAAUAUUCAGUUGCCCAAAUUGGCCCCCAAGGUACCAGCAAGCAUUGCUGAGCAGACAUGAGUAAGAAUAAAUGGACUUCUGAAGAUCCUACAAGUGUGUUUGACACCUCAGUGUCUGUGUUGCACUCAGAUGUCAGCCUUACGGUAUGUGUUCCUCACUGGGGAGACUCUUGGCCUCUUGGUUAUCUCAGGAAUGUGGGAGGUAGCAGGGAACCCACUGGAGGUGCUCUUGCUGCUGCUGGCUCUCACCUUGCUGGGGAUGUCUUUCCUCCUGCAAGCUUUUCUUUCCUGGGUGGAGGAUGGGGCACUCCUGAAUGCUAACAUUGUGUGUUGCAAUGGUCGUACCUCUUCUAUCCUAAGAAUAAAGUGUCACUUCCCAAA